AUGAGCUCGAUCAUGCUGCGGGUCCGGCUGCUGCUGGGGGCCAUGGCGCUGGGCUACGGCACCAUGUUCGCGCUCUGCGCGUGGCUCGUGGUCUACAUGCGGCACCACAGAUCCGGAGCUCUAAGAGGAGACUCAAGAGCUGCAAGAAGAGUGCUACUGCCGGCCUUUCAGCCGCUGCUGUGGCUGUUGACGGCCGUGUCAUUCCUGUACACGGCGUGCUUUACUAUACUGCUGGUGCUGGGGCGGAUCCAAGGCGUGUCUGGACGUGUGAUGUCCGAGUCCUUCUACAGCGGACGGCUCUUUGUGAUCGCGCUGCCGGUGCUGUAUCUGCAGCAGAAGGCGGUGACGACGAGGGCGCUGGUUCGAGCGGCGCUGCUGUCGCUGCUACUGGCGACGUACAAUAUCCCGAUCGUGGGGCUGCUGGCGGACACCGGGACAGGACAUUAUCUCUCUCUCGUGACUGGAGCGAUGCCAUUGCUGGUGUUUGGAUGGAUCUGCUUACGACAAUCGGACCGAGCGAGCCAGAAGACGUUGCGGGAGUAUGCAGUGUUCGUGGGGAUCUACUACGUUCUGCGGUUGAGCUACACGGAGCUGUCGUACCAGGGUCCUCACUUCUCAGACGUCUGCUUCACUGUGCGCGUCGCCUGUAUCUUUUGGGGGUCGCUGUGUCCCGUGGUCAUUUGGCGAGUACUCAAGGCUGAUACCGCACAUUGGAGAGGACUGGGACGACGCGCAGUGCACCUGCAGUCACUAUUUCGACAGAAGUAUCACUACCUCCACGAGCGCGUGUCAUCGCGCGGACUUCACGUGCUCAUCGAGAUGCAUCGGAAGCAGAUUAUUGACUUUGCGUAUUUGGCCUUGCAGCGGAAGAUCGGUCAAGGCGCGAGUGCGGUAGUGUUUCGAGGCACCCUCCACUCCAAGAUCCCAGUAGCUGUCAAAGUGUACACGCCGCGCGUACUUACAGAAGAUGUGGUGGCCGAGUUCUCCCACGAAGCUGCGUUGUGUGGAGCUCUUCACCACCCGAAUGUCGUCCGAUUUUACGGCAUGUGCGUCUGCCCGCCAACUGUGUGCCUCAUUUCGGAGCUAUGUCAAGCCUCCCUCGAAGAUGUCACUCGCGCUAGUGCAAGACUGCGACUAAUACAUCGACAAAGUCAAGAGGAAGAUAUUGAGCAAGGUAAAAUCCCCCAGGACAAGCGGCUACAACAGCGUCAGCAGCUACUGAUCGACCUCAACUACAUGAUCGACGCCACACGCGCAGUUGUGUACAUGCACAGCUUCACGCCUGCAUUCCUCCACCGUGAUCUGAAGCCGUCGAACUUCCUAGUGGACGACUAUGGUACCUGCAAGUUGACAGACUUUGGCGAGUCUCGCAGUGUUCCAACCGGUCAGAAGAAUGACAAGUUGAAACCUGUUACGGAAGAUUGCUCCACGACAGCAGCAUCGACAGCAACGGUGCUCUUUGGAGAGUCAUACAUGGGUGUCCAGACCCCGACUACCGCGAACCAAUUUGUACCACCACCUGUAUCACUGCGGCCUUCCAUGCGCGUUCGCGGUCGAAGUGCCAUGACUGUACGGGGAACUGCAGAUUACAUGGCUCCAGAGCUGAUCGAGGGCAAGGCUGGCACUGCCGUCUAUGGUGAAGCUGCAGAUAUCUACUCACUUGCCAUAACGUUGUGGGACAUCGCCCACCCUCUCGGCUCCAAGUACCCGGAGGCGACACGGAGCCAUCUUCAAGUGUUCGACAGUGUAUUGAGUGGCGAACGACCACCGCUCAGUCCAUCACUUCAUCCUGAACUCCGUCGAUUAUUAACAGAAGCUUGGCACCAGCAACCAGAACGACGACCGUCUGCAACGUACAUUCUCACGGCACUCGAGACGCUCCAGCAAGAGAUCAGCGCGCAGACGGCAUUGGGCUUGGCCACCGCGCUUGAACGCGCGGAAACUCCAUCCAAAGUGAACGGCCAAGUUCUCAUGCAGCGAAUGCUCGAGCUCGACUACGUGGAUUCGGCCUCAGAAGCGUAUCGUGUGGGCAACUCGCUCAUGAGCGCGGGCUUCCUGCACCACACGGAGCACCAGAAAUCGUUCCGCAGGUCGUCUGAGCUGUUUUACUUCGACUCGGACGUCCUAGACUUGUACGCGCCAGCCACGCCCGACAGCGUUUUUCGAACACCCUCGAGUACCGUGAGUGCAGACUUCACUGACGAGCGGAUGCCGCUCACGUUGAGUGCUCGUCAGCGCCACAUCUCAAGCAAGAAUCGGCGCCGUGCGACGGAUUCACCUGUUGCCACGCGCUGCUUCUCCCCGCCUGCUGAGAAGAAGCGGAGCUCGACGACCGCGUGUCAUCGUGCAAGUGCAGAGCUGCCUGCGUGCAGCUGCCGGAAGCUUGGACGAGGGCUUGAGACGGCGGAACGGGGUCAAAAGCGGCGCUUCCGACGCAACAAGAAGUGGAUCGCCAUCAUGGAGGAGAGCAUCUCGACCGGCAAGUUGCGUCCUCACGAGAGCCACCCGUCGCUGGCUGAGACGGACGAGUUCGAGGACUACGCCACCAGUGGCAACUGGGAGGAUAUGGAGUCGGGCGUGACGACUGGGGUGAACGUCUCGGACGUCGACGAGGAUGUGGAGCUCGACCUCGAGACCGACAGCAGCGCCAACGUGAAUUUCGAGAGCGGCUGGGGCUCCACCCGGUCCUCCGUGGUCAUCAUUUAG